UGCUUUAUUACCCAGGAUGCACAGGUCUGACCUGAAGCAGGGAGCAGGUCACCAACCCCCACAUUCAACAUCUGCUCAGGAUCACUGAGAGACAGUCAGCAGUAGAAGGACCAGAGCACACUACUCCUCAAAGAGGCCCGCCAGGAACUCCUCUGAGCCAUCCCUCUGCUGGGACUCCCCUCUCUCCUCUGCCUCUCCAAUGGCUUCCAUGAGUUGCUCCAAGUCAUCUUCAGGGGGGAAACUUGCUGCUUCCUGUGUCAGAGGCUCCUGAGGUCCAGGACCUUCCUUUCCCAAUGGGCAAGCCCCGUGUGGAGCUGGUGGAGCAGGACACUUAGAUACAAUUUUAAUUUCCUUCUCCUAGGGGAAGUGAUGGAGCCAUGUUAUGGGGAAGGGUGAGAUGAACCUCCUGCAGAAUCAUCCAUGUGGCCACGACCACUGUGCCCAUCACUCAUGCCUCCAUCCCACUCACAGGUCAUCUGUGUCCUCUCUCAGAGUCAUCUCAGAUGAUAUGUCAUAAGUGACACAUUGCUUCUCUGAGGCUUCUUUGCCUACUUUGUCCAAAGAAGGUUCUGGAACAGCCAUAGCUUGAAAGAGUCACUCAAUGCUUUGUGGGAACAGCCUCCUGGGAGCCCAGCAGCAGAUCCAUGGCUUUUGAGGGAAUUUCAGAGGCUUCACUAAGCAGGCAGGCUGAAGUCUGUGUGGAGUUUAGGACUACAAGUACUUGAUGGGAUGAAGUCCAGUCAACCGGCCAUGUGGCAGUCAUGUGACAUGUCCCAGGGCUUCUCUGAUCCUUGGCAUCCUCUUCUGAGGUGUGUGAAGGUUGGAGGGAUGUAGAAAGUCUCCUUCAGAAGCUGGAGUAGCUUUGGAGUCACUGUCUAGAGGAGAGAGACGAUCACCCAGGAAGCCCAGGGGAGUUACAGACUCGGCAGCAGCGAACAGGCCAGGGCGGGAGUGUCCACUGGGCCUUGGUUCUGCUGGAUGCUGUGAAGAGUCCCUGAAGGACAAGAAGAGGACAAAGAGCAGAUGGUGGUGGGGACAUCGAGCUAGGGCUGGGGACGGAAUGUGUUUCCUCAUCACCUCCAUCCUCGCUGUGUCUGAAGUGAACACAAACUGACGGCUUCUGUGCCUGAGGUUAUGAGAGAGACAGACAGACAAGACAAACCAGCAUGAUGGAAGACACAAUGAGAAACAGAUGAAGAGGGGAGGGCAGGAGUGGAGAAAAUCUGGAGGUGAGGAAACAGUGAUUACAGGACACAUAGGAAAUGGACAAGACUGGACAAGACAGGAGGUCCAGGUGGAAGAGAGGAGAGCCCAGCAUGGUGAGGUCAAUUCCAUAUCUUCCUGUCAAUAGUGGGGGCUGGGCUCAAGGGCACAGCUAUCCUGUCAGUGACCACAGGAAGGAUCUUCUGCAGUGUGGGAAAGGAGAAGCCAGAAUGAUGAAGGAAGUUGCUGGUCACAAGGAGGUGGAGAUAGGAGGUCCUGCCCCACUCUGUCCUCACAUGAGAAGACUUGGGGGUUGUGUGCCCCUUUACCCUCAUUCUUCCUGACUUGGCAGCACUCUCCACAGGCCUCCUCUCCUGCCUGGUGGCUCUGCUGGUCUCACUUCCUGGAGGGAACCAGGCCAUGGCUUGGAUCCUGCUUCUACUGCUGUCAGCUGCAUGCCUGCAAGCUGGUUAUUCCACAGGAUCUAACAGAGUAAAUGGCUUUGGGGUCAACCAACCAGCACGCCUCUCUGGUGUCCAGGGCGGCUCCAUCGAGAUCCCCUUCUCCUUCUACUUCCCCUGGGAGUUGGCAGAGGAUCCACAGAUGAGGAUUCUCUGGAGAUGGAAGCACUUCCAUGGAGAAUUUAUCUACAAUUACACCCCACCCUUCAUACAUAAGCAUUUUAUGAAACGGCUCAGCCUGAACUGGACACAGCCUCAGACAUCUGGAGUCCUCAGAAUCCUGAACUUGAAGAAGGAGGACCAGACAGUGUACUUCUGCCGAGUUCGUCUGAACACAAGAGAAGGCAUUAAGUUCUGGCAGUCAAUUAAUGGGACCCAACUCACCAUCACUCGUGGUAAGGACACCCCAGCCCCCAAGACCACCUCUACAAGCCCCACCACUGCAACUUCUGCACUCACCAGAACUGCCCUCACAGCCACAGAAGGGAAGAAGAGCGGACAGAAAGAGAGCCUGGGUCCGGGAACCACAGUUGGGUUGGCAGUGGCUGCUGCUGUACUCCUGGCUGGGGUUUUGGGAUUGAUGGUGUUCCUCAGGUGGAGAAGAAGGAAAGGACAGAGGACCAAAGCCGAAACCCCAGCCAGGGACCUCAUUGAAAACACUGAGGAUGUUGAACCUGAAGGACAAUAUGUGGACCCCAAAGAGAACCCCAAGGAUAACAACAUCGUGUAUGCCUCCAUUGCCCUCUCAAGCUCAGCCUCCCCAAGAACACCACCUCACCAGCCUGUCCAUGGGAACCCCCAAGAAGAGACUGUGUACUCCAUCAUAAAGGCCAAAUGAGUGGGUCUGGGUGAUGAUCUCAAAGUCACCUGUGCUUCUAGUAAGAAGACUCCAUUUACACUGAUACCCACAGCCAGAGACAAAAUCUCUUGGGUCACUGAUACCCAUGGCCAGAGACAGAAAUCUACACAUAGGGAAUUUGAGCUCAGAAAAAAAUCAGAAAUUCCCAAUUCCCUUUUUUAACUUCCUAGAUCUUGCCUAAAUGAAUCUAACUAAGAGUCACUCAUGUGACCUUUAACUUCUGGCCCUCUAAGAUCACUUUUUUCUAGCUGCCCAAGGCAGGGGAUGCCCGAAUGUUGGCAGGCUGUCUACAAGAUGUACAUCUGGGAGGGUAAUAACCAGCACACAGUGACUGGUUCCCAUGGACCACCACACUGGACAUCAGCAACAACCCUAGAGAGAUGGUGUGAAACAGGGAACUAAACACCACAUGGUUACAAUGCUUUCCUAAGGCCAUGCUGCCCCCAGGAAGUCAGGGAGUCGGGACUCACAGAGAUGCUUUUCUGAAAGUUCCACGGGCCUGGAUCCUGCUGCUGUCUCCAGCCUCCUCUACCCUUCAGAGAAGGCAGGUUGCCAUAGCGACAUGAAAGGAAGCACAGCCUAAGCAGUGGCCCCAGAGACCUGCUUUAUUACCCAGGAUGUACAGCUCUGACCUGAAGCAGGGAGCAGGGCACUAACCCCCACAUUCAACAUCUGCUCAGGAUCACUGAGAGGCAGUCAACAGUAGAAGGACCAGAGCGCACUACUCCUCAAAGAGGCCCGCCAGGAACUCCUCUGAGCCAUCCCUCUGCUGGGACUCCCCUCUCUCCUCUGCCUCUCCAAUGGCUUCCAUGAGUUGCUCCAAGUCCAGGUCACUGGAACCAUCAUCUUCAGGGGGGAAACUUGCUGCUUCCUGUGUCAGGGGCUCCUGAGGUCCAGGACCUUCCUUUCCCAAUGGGCAAGCCCCAUGUGGAGCUAAUGGAGCAGGACACUUUGAUACAGUUUUAAUUGUUUUCUCCUUGGGUAAGUUAGUAGCUGAGGCCUUGCUUUCAGGAGUCUUAAAUUUUUUUUUAGGGCCUAAAGAGAACAAAGGACAAAGUUGAUAGUCCCAUUAAGUCAACCUAUCCUGAUGUUUGACAAGCCAGAUUUCUGGAUUCUUAUGUUUAAAGCUUCUUAAAGGAUAGUCUUCAUCAGAAUUGGGAACAUGGACUUUCAGGUCACACCUGGACUCCUUGUGUCAACUGUGUAUUCAACAUGGGUCUUGAACAAAUCUAAACACUUCUGAGCCUUACUUAGUACAUUUUUAUCUGCAAUGUCAAGGAGCUGGAAAGACGGCUAAGCAGUUAACAGAACAUGCUGCUCUUGUAGAAGACUGUAUUUCAAUUCCCAAUGCUCACAUGUUGGCUCACAACCAACUGUAACUCCAGUUCCAGAGGAUAUG